AUGUUGCUUGGUACACUCCUCUCGCUGGCGGCCGUCGUUGCCGGCGCUGCCAUCCCCAACGGCCAGACGCUUUCUCUCAAUGAAAUUCCUUACUAUGUGAGCGGCAUUCCUGUGUCCACUUUGCAAGGGUACAACGCCUCUGCAUACGCCGCUUUGACAGAGGGAAUAGAUUUGGUGCCAUUAACCGUCAUUCCUGUAACUCCUACCACGAACUUGGAGUCGCUGCUAUCGGACUAUGUUGAACGCGAUGAUGUCUUCCAGCCUGCUUUUCUGCGUGCAGUCUAUCUCACAGCUUCCAGUGCUGAUGACAUUGCCUCCCAAGUGAGCAAUUCUGCGUCAAUUCUCAAGUCUUCGGGCACCGACAUGCUGCUGGUUGAUUCGGAAGUACACACCGCUUCGUCAAAUUCCACAAUCGCAGCCCAGUUGACCAAAGAGCUGCCGAGUGGGCCUUAUUUUGUCUCCUUGUAUACUGGAGAGGUGUUUAAAGCGUACCGGUUGUACCCUGACGACAACCUAGCUUUCAUUCAAGCAGGAAUCAGUGACGAGAAGGGAGGCGUCCUGCCCCUACCAGCCGUGACAGAAAACGCGAUGACCAAAGACGUUGCCGUGCCUUCACGUCUCUAUUAUACACCGACCGCAGAAAAACCAUUGGCCGGUCUGAGAUUGGGUGUCAAGGAUAUCUACCAUGUUAAAGGUCUCAAGACGAGUGGCGGCAGUCGCUCCUAUUAUUAUUUAUACGGAACUCAAAAUGUCACUGCCCCAUCUGUUCAGAGGCUCUUGGACUUAGGCGCGGUCUUCGUCGGCAAAACUGGGACCGUUCAGUUUGCUAACGGUGAUCGGCCUACUGCCGACUGGGUGGAUUUCCACUGUCCGUUCAACCCACGCGGAGAAGGAUAUCAGGCACCUAGCGGUUCCUCCUCCGGCUCAGGUGCGGCUAUUGCAGCCUACGACUGGUUGGACCUUGCUGUUGGUAGUGACACUGGCGGUUCGAUGCGGUCCCCAGCUGCAGUUCAAGGAAUCUAUGGCAACAGGCCAUCCACUGGCGCUAUCUCUCUAGAUCAUGUCUUGCCUCUCUCACCGGCUCUGGAUACAGCAGGUGUUUUUGCCCGAAGUGCCUCGCUAUGGUCCCGUACUGUGCAAGCUUGGUAUCCUCAUUUUCGGCACAAUUUUACGUCCUUCCCUCGGCAGCUGCUCCUAGCUGGCGGUGGAUGGGAUGGUAAAGGCAUCAGUCCCGAGGCCCAUCAGAGUCUUACAACAUUCACACGUGGGCUCGAGGCAUUCCUCGGAACGAACCAUACCAAUGUCGACGUGUCGCAGCGAUGGCUUGACACACAAUCUCCCACCACACCAAGCCUGGAGGAGAUGCUUAACCUAACCUAUGCCACACUUACUUCUGUGGAUCAGUUCAACCACCUAGCCGUCCCUCUCUUUGCUAACUAUAAAGCAGUCCACCGCGGUCGUCAGCCUUUCAUUAACCCUGGCCCAUUAGCGCGUUGGCAGUGGGGCCAGGCCAAUGGCGGAAACACCUCGUACGAGGUGGCUCUGCGCAACAUGACUACUUUCCGGAGCUGGUGGGAGAAGUCCGGAUAUGGUCAGUCCGAUGAUGCCUCCUGCUCCAAGUCGCUCUUUGUUAGUGUGUACUCGGUCGGCACAACUGACUACCGUAACCAAUACUACGAUGCGCCCACCACACCACCACUGGGAUUCUCGAUCGGACGCAUCGCGGUAUUAGGUGGCGCACCUGAGGUUGUUGUUCCUGUUGGAGAGUCUCCAUACAACAGUACUAUCUCGUUGCAGACCGAGUAUUUGCCGGUCAGUGUUGCGCUGCAAAUGGCGCGAGGAUGUGACCAUGUUCUGGCUUCCUUGGUCGCUGGCCUCGAGAAGAAGGGGGUCCUCCGACCUGUUAGUACCGGCUCUCGGCUGUAUUCCUAA